GCAAAGCGAUGCACAUUAAAACAUGGCGGCCAACAUAGAGCAAAUUUUUCAAGAUUUCAUAUUAAAUAAAAUCAGAGAAAUUGAAGACCAGAAUGAGGACAAAGCUGAUGCUAAAAGAGUGGGUGACUGCAGUAACGUGGAUGGAGCAGAAAAUGCCUCUACAAAGAGACACAAAGACGUGAGAAGCAGCAGUUCGCACAAGAAGCACAAAAAACACAAAAGCAAGAGGAAGAAGAGGAACCGAGAGAAGGACAGUAGUUCAGAGUCUGGGGCAGACCUGAAGCGAAAAAAUAAACACAAGUCAAGAAGAGGAACACCAACGGAAAGAAAAACAGAGCAAGGUGGGGAUCGUGAGAGUAAGUCCAGAUGCCGCAAGAAGCACUUAAUUGGAAAGAGGAAGAAGAAGAAAAGGAGGAAAGACGAUGAGAAUUCAUCAGAUACUGACUCUGCUUUUGUGUUAAAGCAUACUAAACUAAAACGACAGGAGGAGCUGCCUGAUAUAAUCCCAAAACAGGAAAACUCAAAUAAAGGAAUAGAAGAUGAGGAAAGACGUGACAGGCAGGGAUGCCAUUCACCUUCACAUUCCUACUCCCAGUCACAUUCCUGCCCAGUGAAGAACUCUGAGUCUCGGACUCGACACUACCGUCAGAGGUCUAGGACUCGCUCCAGCUCGUCAGAGAAGAAAGAUGUAGAAGAUGAAUCCUUUCAUUCCCACCAAUGGCCUCCAAACUGGCCCAAGCCACCUCAGGGCAACCUCAGCAACACUGAAAGUAAUUUACAAGCAGAAGAGUUGACUGAAUCGAGAGUAAUAAAACGGCAGACCUCUAACCACAGUGAAGGAGAGGAAACAGAAAAACUAGCUUCUAGUGCAUCCACGUCCGUGCCAAGCCAGUCCAUAUCUGCUAAACAUCACCUGAGCACUGAGCCUGGCUUGCUUCAGUGCAAGGCAUCAGAAACGUCCUUUCCUGCAAAUGUGAAAUCUGCUGGAAAGAAAAGAAAAAAGUCACCACAGAAGAAAAAAGAGGAGAAGUCAUCAAAGAAGCAGAAAAAAUCCAAGUCACCACGUAGAGGCUACAAGAGAGAAUCUAGAUCCACGAGCCCUUCACUUAGGAAGAGAUCACGCUCAAGGUCAAGGGGCCGCAGGCCACGGCGGUCACGCUCGCGGUCAGUGUCACAAAGUCGGCGGAGGGUUGCAUACAGCCAGAGAGACCGUUGGAAGCGUGAGCCGAGCCAUUCCCCUGUGCUAAUCCUACGCAAAAACAGGUCGCCCUCACGGAAACACGGCAGCUUGAGCAACAGCCCUCACCGUAUCAGUGAACUGGAUAAGGAGCAGUUGUUGGAAAUUGCUAAGGCCAAUGCUGCUGCCAUGUGUGCCAAAGCUGGUAUGCCUAUCCCUGCUAGCCUGAGAUCCUCAGUGCUUCCCCUGGCUCUGCCAACAAUGGCUAUGAAUGCUGCAAUGGCCAGUAUGACUGCUGCCACUGUGACAGCAGCCUUGACUAACAUUGGCACUUUGUCGUCACUGGUUCCACUGCCUUCCAUUAUGCAGAAGCCACCCGUUGCCCCUGCCCAACCCAACAUCGCUAAUUUGGAGGAGGUGAAAAGGAAAGUAGCAAAGCAAGCGAACAGCAUUAGCAUUAAAGAAUUUACUGACAAAUGCAAGAUGAUUGCAGACAGUACAGAAGAGCUGCCAGUGGCAGUGCCUCAUGUUUCAGACGAAGAGGAUGAUGAGAAACCUUUUGGAGGAGCAGCUCUACGAGAACCAAAAGCAAUCACCUUCAGUGUUAAUAACUCAACAGUUCGUCCAGCAGUCCGUAGUGAUGCAGGCAUGGCCAAGGAGUUCCCAGUGUCUUCAGGAACACAGCAUCGUAAGAAGGAAGGAGAGGGACUGGGUGCUUAUGGAGAAUGGGUGCCAGUUGACAAAACAACCGAGAAGGCUGCUGCUACAACAAAGGCCCAAACAAAUGUUCUGUCAGCAGCACCCUCCUCAUCAUCAUCAUCAGGGGAAACGGCAGCGGUUUUGCAGGAAGUUAUUGAACAGCCAGCGUUUGUGACCAACAGUGACAAAGUUUUUCCUGACCCACAACUGCAGCAAGUAGACAUCACCCAGGCUGUAACUGAACGAAUCAAAGCUCAGAGGCGAUUGGCUGAGAACCCCUAUGACAUCAGUGCCAUCCGCAUGCUCACCCGAGCACAAGAGCAGGUAGAUGCUUGGGCCCAAUCCAACACGGUUCCUGGUCUUUUCACUGGUUCAACUGGAGCCCAGGUCCUCAGCUCUGAGGAGCUCUCGACCAGUGGACCACAAGCAUGGCUGAAGAAGGACCAGUUUCUCAGGGCAGCUCCAGUGUCAGGGGGUGUCGGGGAGUUCCUGAUGAGAAAGAUGGGGUGGAAGACAGGCGAAGGGCUCGGAAGGAACCGCGAGGGUACCGUGGAACCCAUCGUUAUUGACUUUAAGGUUGACCGCAAAGGUCUAGUUGCUGAAGGAGAGAAACUACAGAAGCAAACUGGUGGACUGGUAGUAACCAAGGAUCUGAUGGGGAAGCACCCGGUGUCUGCUCUCAUUGAGUUGUGUAACAAGAGAAAGAUAAUGCAGCCAGACUUUGUUAUGGUCCAUCACAGUGGUCCUGACCACCGCAAGAAUUUUCUUUUCAAGGUCACAGUGAAUGGUGUGGACUACCAACCCCAGACAGCCAGUCCCAAUAAGAAGCACGCCAAGGCCAUGGCAGCCACAGUUGCCCUGCAAGCUCUGGGAGAGGUUCCUGUGGAUGGACCAGGACUCUACACUGGCCCUGUCUUCACUGCUGCUUCUACAGGCCCGCUUUUCUCUACAUAGUCAUGCACACAUUACAAAUGUAACAUGGGCCCUGUUCAAGGCAAACAUUUUGAUUUGUCACAGUAGGAAAGCCCAGAGCUCUGAAGCUGGUCCUGUGCUUUGUGCCAUGGUUCAUCUACUUUCCCAGUGUCACAGUGUCUACCUGGCUCCUUAAUUGCUUAAUCAACCAGGGUCAUGUGGCCCUGUCCUCCCACCCAUUGGGUAACAGGCACAGGUACACCAAUCACACAGGGUACCUGAAAACAGACUCAGGUGUCUUUGUACUGUUAGAGAACACCUGAAGAAAAUGCCACACAAAAAGGGAACCAACUGUUGUGAAGUAACGACAGCUACCACAGCACUGCUACAAGGUCUUCCAUGAGUGGUUUAGAUAGUUUUAGUUUGUCACCAAUGUUGUUUUUUUGUUUGUUUCAGUCCCAGUGAUUAACCAGUGUUUCCACUCUGGAGGCUCAUUUAUAUUUCAAGAACUACCACCUUUGGCACAUAACAUGAGAACUAUGAAAGCAGGUUCAGAGUGCUGAUCGUGACCAGUGUUAUGCCUAUAAGACAUCACACCUUUUCUAAAGGUACUUGAAUGAUCACCUUGUUUGUUUUUGUAGGGGUAGGAGUGGUAAAAAGUGAUCAUAGUAAAAGUGGACGAUGUGUGCAUGCCUGUGUGUACAUAUGUAUGACAAAUGUAUAGUUUAGUAGCAGUUUAGCCCUAUAUUCUAUUAGCUGGUCAACACUUACGUCUAACACAGCCGACAGUCUGCAGGACAUUUCUCAUAGUCACACAAAAGCAGAAGCAAACUGGACUGUUAGUGAAAAGUUGUAUCUGUGAAUGACAGCUAAUGUUAGUCUUUGUGUUUAAAUUUAAACAAAAGUGUUUCUCAUACAAGGCUGUUAAACUUUUAUUCUGGCCUUCUAAACAUAUGUAUACAGAAAUAAAGAUUAUAUUUAUGUUAUUUA